AUGUAUCUCCUAUCUAUCUUCGCGGCUGCCAUCCUAUUCAUGGCUUCCAAGGCCCUGGCUGAAAUAGAGCCUACAGCCUCUGAUAACCUCAGAUUCUUCGGAGUAUGGCUCGGCGCCUCUAUGGGUGCCGACAUCUUUAGGUUUCAAAGCACACUCAUCAUCCCAGCCGGAUCUCCUGACUCGAAUACUCUCGGUCUACAAGCAGUCUGGCCUGGCUUGCAACCCCAUUCACAACAAUAUGUUCUGCAAAAUGUGCUCGCGAACGGGGUUCCGGGAGAAUGGCUAUUGGAGCCAUAUUCUUGCUGCAAUCCUAUUGCGAUGCUAGUUCCGCCAAUGCGAGUCUACCCUGGAGACACCUUGACGAACACUUUCUCCCUCGACAGAUUUUCGAUGCAGUGGCAAAUCAACUGGGUGGUCAUUCCAGGACCUGUCGGCCAAGCUGCGGGAGAGGUUUCCUUUAAUGGUGGACUAAACUUUGAUCUUACUCAAUAUGACAACGAUAACGCAACUAUCGAGGCAUACACAUCUUCUAUGUUCGCCAUCGAGCUUCAACAUGGAGGUCAAUGGGAUUUUGGACCCGUUUCGUGGAGAGAUAUCCUCUUGGAGAUCAACACUACAGAUACCACAUGGUGCAAGAGUGGUCCACAAUUGCAAGCCGGUAGUUUUCACUGGAACUACUCGACACCUGUAGCAUCUCCGGUGGAUAAUGUAGUUAGGUGUUACAUCGCUGAGAUGAAUUUCGAGUCUCCAAUCUAAUUCGUCUCGAAUUCUCGAGAAGGAGAGCGUCCUGGAAGCAUCACAAAGAUUUUGGAAACUUUAGCAUGGACUAGAUAUUUAGCAAUGCCAGAACCCUGGUUUUAUAACUGGAAAUUCCCAUGAUUUCGUCACAAGCGUUGAAUCAAGCUAGAAGGACAUUUCUUCUGGCUCUUCACGUGCUGUAGCUCCAGCACCUGUCAAAGAAGAGACAAAAUCGAACUACAAUCACCAGGCGGAUUUAAGACUGAACAAAAUUUCCGUCACUGCAAAUAAUGAUCCGGCAUGAAACCUAUAGUAUCAGUGGAGCUUCG